AUGUCGACUGCUGAGGACCUUGAGAAACAGGCCAAAAAACACACCAGGAAAUUUUUAUUUAACCUUCUAGGCGAUUCGUCCGAAGAAGCUCAGGAAUUAUACAACCAAGCCGGAAAUAAAUACAAACAAUUACACCAAUGGAAGGAUGCAUGUAGAUGUUAUUAUGAAGCGGCAAAAUUAUCGGAGAAGAACAAUGAUGACAUUUUUUUAGCCACAAACCUAGUCGAGCUUUCAAACUGCAUGAAGAAAAUGAAUCCCACAUCUAAUGAUUUUGUGGACCCGUUAUUGAGAGCAACUGAAGUGUAUAGUAAUCAAGGCCGUUUUUCUCAGACAGGUCGAAUAUUAAAGAAUUUAGCGGAGAACUUUGAGGAAAAAUUGGACUAUGAAAGUGCAAUGAAGUUUUAUAAAAAGUCCGCAGAAUCUUAUGAACUUGACGAAUAUGGCAAGGUCUCAGGUUCACAAGUGCUUUUAAAAUACGCUGAUCUCGCUUCUUCAAUUACUGAUUCUUAUGAAGAGUGUAUACAAAUAUAUGAAGAGGAGGGUCAGAAGAAUUUAAAAAAUGAUUUGUUGAAGUUUGGUGUUAAGGAUUUAUUGUUUAAGGCGGGAGUGCUCAGAGUUUUAAGUGCUGACGCUACUGAUGCCAGAAUCGCUUUUGGUAAAUAUUGUUCCUGGGAUCGGAAAUUCGGUAAAACUCGAGAAGGGAAAUUACUUUCUUCGUUAAUUGAAGCCUUUGAAGCUGGAGAUUUCUCAAAAUUACAAGAUGAAUUGAAUGUCUUUGAAUCACUUGGAAGACUUGAUAAUUGGAAGAUAAAGGUUUUAUGCAAAUUAAAGGAGAAGAUGGAGGGUGCUUCUACUCCAUCCGGUCCAGUAAAUGAUUCAGAUCAUGUUGAUUUAACUUAA